AUGAGAUUGGAGCUCUCGCAGACUGCUGCCAAGGUGUUCAAAUACUUGCUCAUUAGCUAUGCCGUUGUAUCAAUUGUGUACACCGUAUCAUACUUGUAUACCAAUUACGAAGGUACCCACCAUGAUGUCGGGAUCAUUGUACCGCGAGCACCCAAUCCUCAGCAGCGUCAGCAAGAACCUCUCAUUGUACGUCCACCACCACCUGUUGAGCAAUCCUUUGGUGAUCAUACCGUUAUUUGGUCGCAUACUCAAGAGAGUGCACAAGCCAUGUCAGAGCAACUUUUGAUGGCAAAGGUGUUUUCGGAUGCAUUGGGUCCUACCGUUUUGACGCCAUACUUUCUCCGAGCCAAAGCCACGUUUGAUAAAGAAGACAUUAGUAUUUCCACGCUUGUAUCCCGCAAUCGAUUCUCCGUGCUUUCCCGCCUUGCCACAAACCACAAAGGUCCCAUCUCAGCUGCUGUGCAUAUCAAUGACAAUGAUGAGAAAGAACAUGUAUUGCAAGAACUCCGCGAGCUGUGGAUGACCAACCCAGACAUGCAACAAUACGUUGACAUCCAUCUCAUUGUCGACAUUUACGAUCGUCAAUUCAACAUGUGGCGAAACGUUGCCAAACUAUUUGCACGCACUGAUUACAUCAUGAUGCUCGAUGUCGACUUUCAUCUUUGUACCGAUAUCAGAAAGUCCAUUCGCAACAAUCCCGAAUGGAUGAACAGGCUACGCCAAGGUCGUACAGCUCUUGUGGUUCCUGCAUUUGAGUUCAACUUGCAAGAAGAUGGCGAGGAUUGGCGCACGUUCCCUAGCAACAAAAAUGAUCUCAAGGAUGCCGUCAAUGAUGAUAAGAUUGAUAUGUUCCACAAGGCUUGGAUCAAGGGUCAUGGAUCUACCAACUAUAGCCAUUGGUAUGAAUCGGAUGAUUUGUACAAGGUCACUCAAUACGAUUUCUCGUAUGAGCCUUACAUCAUUUACAAAAAAGAAGGCUCACCAUGGUGUCCGGAGCGAUUCAUUGGUUACGGUGCCAACAAAGCUGCAUGCUUAUACGAGAUUUAUCUAUCUGGUAUCGAGUACUGGGUUUUGCCAAAUGAUUUCCUUAUCCAUCAGACACAUCGCUAUCCCGAAGAUGCGCGUCGUAAAGAGCGUCAAUACAACCGCAAGCUGUAUAUGAAUUUUAGAGAAGAAGUGUGUAUGCGAUAUGCACGCAAGUUUUAUAUGACUGGCGAAUGGGACACGCCACGAGCCGAUAAUCUCAAACAAGAAUGUGACAAGAUUCACGGUUUCCAGAGAACGAUCAAAUCCACUACCUUGUAA